AGAGAGGGACCCGGGUAGUCCGGCGGCGGGGUUCGCACCGCCCGCGCGCGCGUGUGUCGUUUGUGUCUCCGCCAUGGACGAAGACGACGACGCCGCCUUGGAGCGCCUGUACCAGUCCUACAGCGCCAAGCAGCGUCGCUGCGGCCUGCGCUGCUUCCUGUGCGCCGCGGCGCUGUUCGACGCCUACACCCUGGCGGCUCCCGGGGCCACAGACGCGGCCGCUCGCGGUGUUGCCGCUGUCUUCCUCGCGCUCAGCCUGGCCCUGCUGGCCUGGUGUUUACGAGGACCGCGCUCAAACCCGCUCUGGUCGGCCGCGCCGCACCUGGCCUGGCAGCUGGCGACCGUGCAGCUGCUGGCGCACCUGUUCCUGCAGCGCAACGAGGUGACGGCUCGCGACUCGCUAGGCUGGGCGCUGCUGCUGGACUACCUGGUGUACGUCUCCCUGCCGCUGAGGCUGCGCUACGGGGCAAUGCUUUCGGCGGGAACCUGCGCCUCGUACCUGGUCACAGUUGCCGGGCUGGGCCGAAGCGACUCGCACUUGCCUCACCAGUUGUCGGCCAACUUGCUGCUGCUGCUGGCGGCCAGUCUGCUGGGACUUACGUCCUACUACCUGGCGGACCGGCAGCAGAGGAGGGCCUUCCUAGAGACGAGGCAGUCGCUGGAGAUGAAGCUGGUCAUAGAGGAGCAGUCGGCAGAGCAGGAGCGCCUGCUGUUGUCCGUGCUGCCGGAGCACGUGGCCGUGAAGAUGAGACAGGACCUGGGCUCGGCCAAGGACAGCCAGUUCAAGAAGAUAUACAUGAGUCGGCACGAGAACGUCAGCAUCCUGUACGCCGACAUCGUCGGCUUCACCGCCAUAUCGUCGACGUACUCCGCCUCGGAGCUGGUGAAGAUCCUGAACGAGCUGUUCGCCAGGUUCGACCGCCUGUCCGAGCGCUAUCACCAGCUGCGCAUCAAGAUACUGGGGGACUGCUACUACUGCAUCAGCGGAGCGCCCAGGGAGCGGCCCGACCACGCAGUGCUCAGCAUACACAUGGGGCUUUCCAUGGUGAAGGCCAUCAAGUACGUGCAGCGCACGACGAGCUCGCCGGUGGACAUGAGGGUGGGGAUCCACACGGGAGCCGUGCUGGCCGGCGUGCUGGGACAAAGGCAGUGGCAGUUCGACGUCUACUCCAAAGACGUGGAGCUGGCAAACAAGAUGGAGAGCAGCGGUCUACCCGGGAGGGUGCACAUAUCGGAGAAGACCCUGAGCUUCCUGAACGGGGAGUUCGAAGUGGAGCCGGCUUACGGCGAGAAGAGAGAAGAAGCGCUGAGACUCGCCGGCAUCAGGACUUUCUUCAUCGUGAAGACACUCAAGCCGUUUCAGCCGACGGUGGAAGUUCGCAACGGAACCGUUACAGACGACUUGGCGAGCGAAGUGAAAACCCUGGACGAUUCAGCGUGCGCCAGUCCUGCGGAGGACAGCAGUAUCCUGGGCAACGGCCGGGCCAGGGAGGACUCUGAGGACUUCAAGCGGAGACUGCGCAAGGAGCUGAUGAGCAGGGACGGACACAAGGACCUGACGAACCACACCAAGUUCUUCAGCCUGGCGUUCACGGACCCGCAGAAGGAGCGCGAGUACAACCUGCACAAGGAGGCCUUCUCCAGCGUGUCCGUGCUGGGCUGUCCGCUGGUGUUCCUGGCCACGUCCGUGGCGCAGAUCAUCGUGCUGCCCAGGGACCUGAUCAACUUCGUGUCAUUCGGGGUUGGGUUCCUUCUGCUGGUCAUCUGCUCUGUGUUCUGCGUGGCCGAGUUCAUACCAAAGGUGUUCUGCAAGUCGCUGGUGAAGUGCAGCGAGACCAUGAACAACUCUCUGUGGUCGAGGAGACUCAUGUGCGUCGUCAUGAUACUGCUGCUGGCCACCGCAAGCUUCGUGGACAUGGUGUCUUGCCGGAUGCCCCGGUCGCCGCUCAACUGCACCGUCUCGGAGGACCAGGGCAGCGCGUGCCUGUACCCCUCCUACUUCUCGCACUUCUGCGUGCUGGUGCUGGUGGCGGCGUCCAUGCCGGCGCAGCUGUCGCACCUGGCCAAGGCCGGCUUCAUGGUGCUGGUGGCGGCGGCCCAGUGCGUGGUCAACGUGGCUGUGGUCGGAGCGGCGCUGGACUGCGAGGAGGCGGCCAACCACCGGGAGUGGUCCAAUAUAGCACCAGGGAAGUACACGUUGUGUGGACUGCUGCUAGCUGCCACUAUAUCAUUGGCCUUCCUCGCUAGACAUCUGGAGAAGGCGUCGCGCGUGCUGUUCCUGUGGCGCGCCGAGGUGGAGGAGCAGCGGGAGCGCGCCAGCGACAUCCGGCGGCGCAACGAGCAGCUCGUGUACAACAUCCUGCCGCCGCACGUGGCCGCGCACUUCCUGGGCAGCCGCAAGCGCCAGCACGAGGAGCUGUACAGCCAGAGCUACGCCGAGGUGGGCGUGCUGUUCGCGUCCAUGCCCAACUUCUCAGACUUCUACUCAGAAGAAAGUGUAAACAAUCAAGGCCUGGAAUGCUUACGGUUUCUUAACGAAGUGAUAUCGGACUUUGAUGCGUUAUUGGAGCAGCCUAAAUACCAAGACAUAAUCAAGAUCAAGACUAUUGGUUCUACAUACAUGGCGGCCAGCGGGCUCAAUCCUUCUACGCAAUUUAAGCCCGAGGAACCCAUCACUGUGAGGUGGGCUCACUUGAGCCUCCUGGUGGGGUUCGCUUUGGAGCUGAAGAAGGCCCUCCAAGGCAUCAACGAGCAGAGCUUCAACCACUUCGUGCUGAAGAUGGGUAUCAACCACGGGCCAAUCACAGCCGGGGUCAUCGGGGCGAGGAAGCCCCACUACGACAUCUGGGGCAACACGGUGAACGUGGCUUCGCGCAUGGAGAGCACCGGCAAGGCUGGCUGCAUUCAGGUGACGGACGAGACGAUGUCCAUCCUCCAGCACUUCGGCUACGUGUUCGAGCAGCGCGGCCUGGUGUCGGUGAAGGGCAAGGGUCAGCUGAUGACCUACUACCUGCUUGGCAGGGCCCCCCCGCCCCCUGGAGGCGGCGAGGAGCACGAGGCGCCGCCCCCCGUGCGCGUCGAGCGCCUGGACCUCACAGCGGACACGCAGCAUGCCGCCUCCACGGGCGCCGAGACGUCGCCAUUGCUGCCCUCCGACGCGACGCCGGCGCCCGACAACCCAGCAUACCUCCCGGGCGACGCAGAGGAGUGAGGACCCACCCCCAACCGCCCCCCGCCGGGGACCCCACACGAGGGGAAACGCGGUCGAGAAUUCCGGCCGACGGAACCACGUCAAAAAAAAAAAAA